AUGUCGUCGGUCAAGUUCGACGUCAAGGAGACGGUCGCCAGCGUUUCUGGCUCGCAGGACCUUGCCAAUGAGGCCAGCGUUGCCCUCGCCAAAGGUGCUGGUGCUGGUGGCUACCUGGCUGCAUACUUGCGCCAACUGCAGAGCAACCCUCUUCGCACCAAGAUGAUCACCUCGGGCUCGCUUUCAGGUGCCCAAGAAUUCCUCGCCUCAUGGAUCGCAAAGGACCGCAACAAGGAUGGCCACUACUUCACCUCGCGCGUGCCUAAGAUGGCCCUCUAUGGUGCUUUCAUUAGCGCUCCCCUCGGCCACGUCCUCAUCAACAUCCUGCAGAGAGCCUUUGCUGGCCGGACCAGUGUGAAGGCCAAGAUCCUGCAGAUCCUUGCUAGCAACUUGAUUGUUUCUCCAAUUCAAAACACCGUCUACCUGACCGCCAUGGCUAUCAUCGCAGGCGCUCGCACUUUCCACCAAGUUCGCGCCACCGUUCGUGCUGGUCUGCUUCCCGUCAUGAAAGUCAGCUGGUGCACUUCUCCCCUGUCUCUCGCCUUUGCUCAGAAGUUCCUGCCCCAAGAGACCUGGGUGCCCUUCUUCAACAUCAUUGCCUUUAUUAUUGGUACCUACAUCAACGCACACACCAAGAAGAAGCGUCUGGCAGCUCUGAGAAAGAAGCACUACGGUGAUUCUAGAGCUACCGGCCGUCCUGAAGACGACAGACGUCCCAACUUCUAG